UCUCUCUCCAUCGCCGCUUGCGCUGACGAUUGCCAUCGAUGAAUAUGCUCGGCAAGCAAGGGCUCAAGCAGGUCUGUUCUCGGGCCGUGCAGGUGUAUUUCCCCGCAGGCCCACGUCUCUCCGCUCAGCUCUAUUCCACCAGCCGACACUCCCCAAGCAAAGUCGAGCUGCUCUAUGGUGCUGCCUCGGUGCUGCCGGCCUUGGACCAACAGAGACGCAAGAUCCUGCGGCUGUUUGUGCGUAUCCAGGGCGGCUUGUAUGAACAGCUCGAUAUCGAGACGCCAAUGUCCAGGAAGAAGCUCAACCAUAUGUACAUUCGAGAAGAUCUGCUGUCCCAAGUCGAGGCAAGCAAGCUCAUCCAGUUUGCCAAAUCCGAGGCCCGCAAGAAGAAUAUCCCGAUCCGCGAAAUAUCGCAGUCUCGGCUGGAUGUUUUGAGCGAAAAGCGACCAAACCAGGGCCUUGUGAUGGAAGCCAUGCCUCUGGAAGUCGAGAUUUGUCGAUCGCUCGGAACAUUCGACUCGGAGACCAGCAGGUAUCCUGUGCAAACAUCGGCAAAAGAAUCCAUCGAGAUGAUUUCCAACCAUCGCUUUCCCAUCUGGCUCGUUCUCGACUCUAUCAUGGAUCCGCAGAACCUUGGCGCCAUACUGCGAACUGCUCAUUUCUUCAAUCUCGAUGGUGUAAUCAUCUCAAGCAAGGAGAGUGCCCCGCUGAGCCCAGUCGUUUCGAAAGCCUCCUCGGGCGCGCUGGAAGUUAUGGAUCUGUUCGUUGCUCCGUCGAUCCCAAAGCUCCUCGAGAGCUCGGCCAUCGAGGGCUGGCAUAUCUACGGUACCGAUAUCCGCGCGCCGCUGGAUCAGCGAGUGAGUCUCUACCCGGCCCCCGGCGGAAGUGUGCCCCGCAAGCCACUUGUUGAAGGCCCGACCAUCCUCGUCAUGGGCAACGAGGGCACCGGACUCAAGUCCAGUGUGUCGAGGCUCUGCCACCAGCACAUUGUCAUCGGAGGCGGCACCGAGCCGAGCGAGCAUGCUCAGGCCGCAACAAACGCUGGCGAGGAGCGGCUGUCGGUAGACUCGUUGAACGUCUCGGUUGCUGCCGGAAUCAUUCUGUCGGCCCUUGUAGCUGGCGUGUAAAUACACAGGCAUCGAUCAUGCACUUGAAAAGUA